CCGUGAUGCGAUAGUCUGAUAUCAAGCAUCAGAGCAAUGGGAGCGUUUAUGUAAAGACUAAUAAGAAACCGAACAAUCAGAAACAGUUUUACAUAUUGUAAAAGUACGGAAGGAUUUUAAAGAAUGCCUCGUUAUGCACAGUUGGUGAUGGGCCCUGCUGGUAGUGGAAAAAGUACCUACUGUUCCACCAUGAUCCAUCAUGCGGAGGCCAUCAACCGUUCCGUUCAGGUGGUGAAUCUAGAUCCUGCGGCAGAACACUUCGACUACCCCGUUAUGGCUGACAUUCGGGAGCUCAUCCAGGUGGAUGACGUGAUGGAGGAUGACUCCUUGCGGUUUGGACCGAAUGGAGGGCUCGUCUUCUGCAUGGAGUAUUUCGCCAACAACUUUGACUGGCUGGAGGAGUGUCUGGGACAUGUGGAGGAUGACUACAUCCUGUUUGACUGCCCUGGCCAGAUUGAGCUAUACACUCACCUGCCAGUCAUGAAGCAGUUGGUGGAGCAGCUGCAGCAGUGGGAGUUCCGGGUGUGUGGUGUCUUCCUGGUCGACUCGCAGUUCAUGGUGGAGACCUUCAAGUUUAUUUCGGGUGUCAUGGCAGCCCUGAGUGCCAUGGUAACACUAGAGAUCCCACAGGUGAACAUCAUGACCAAGAUGGACCUGCUCAGUCAGACGGCCAAGAAAGAGAUUGAGAAAUACUUGGACCCAGACAUGUACUCAAUGAUGGAAGACAGCUCAGUGACACUGAGGAGCAAGAAGUUUAAGAAGCUGACUAAAGCCAUUUGUGGCCUGAUUGACGAUUACAGCAUGGUGCGCUUCCUGCCUUUUGACCGAACUGACGAGGAGGGUAUCAACAUUGUCCUGCAGCACAUUGAUUUCUCCAUCCAGUACGGAGAGGACCUGGAGUUCAAAGAGCCAAGGGAGCCCGAGGAGGAUCCCAGCUCUUCCAACUACGAUGAAUUUUUCCAGGACAAAGUAGACGGCUGAAAAGGGACAUAACGAAGGCAGAGGGUGGAAAUGCUUGAGUGACAUCUUUGGAGAUUAAAUCAAGUCACACAAGAGUUCCUCUGGAUUCUCAGUUCUCUGAACCAGACAGUCUCCCAAUGGGCAUGUGUCAGCACAAGUGUGAGUGCUGUAAACCUGUCUGAGGGGAAAGCUUGCAGGGGAAAA